AUGGCGGAGAACGAGACUGCGGUGAAGAUCUCGUCCACCUUCUCUUGGAGCAAUGUCUCCAUGACGGUGAAGAAGGGGCAGAAGCAGGAGAAGCAGAUUCUCUCCAACAUCAAUGGCUCCCUCAGCAGUGGCAAGGUCUGCGCACUCAUGGGCCCGUCUGGUGCAGGAAAGACGUCUCUUCUCAACGUCUUGGCAGCUCGAAUCCGCUCGCGUGGAACAACCGAGGUUUCGGGAAACAUUACCCUGGAUGGGCAACCCAUCACGGGGUCUUCCCUUCGAAAGCGCAUCGCGUACGUGAUGCAGCAGGACAUUCUCGUGCCCACGCAAACAGUUCGAGAGUCCCUGUGGUUCUCAGCAAACCUGCGGCUGCCCAAGUCCUAUUCGCAGAAAGACAAGAAGGACUUGGUCGAGAAGAUGCUGAACGACCUUGGCCUCGUGAAGUGCGCUGACACCUUCAUCGGCGACGACAUGAUCCGCGGCGUCUCCGGCGGUGAGAAGAAGCGCACCUGUGUUGGAAUCGAGCUUAUCAUGAAGCCGAAGUUGAUCUUCUUGGACGAGCCCACCUCGGGCCUCGAUUCGUAUGCCGCGCACAACGUCAUCUUGAAGCUGGAGGAGCUUGCCAGCAAAGAGGGCUGCAACGUGCUCUGUACCAUCCACCAGCCAUCCUCGGAGGUCUUCCACCUCUUCCACAAGGUCAUGCUCCUGCGCAGCGGCCAGCUCUUCUUCUUCGGUGGCAUCAGCGGGCUGUCCGAGCAGCUGCAUGCCGUCAACAAGGGCUGCCCCAACGAGUACAACCUGGCCGACCACGCCAUGUUUCUGCUCCAGACUGAGUCUGACGAACAAUUGGACUCUAUGCAGGCGAAGAUGAUCAUGGAGAAGGCGGAGGCAUCAUCUCCAGACGUGCCACACGAGAAGAGCGUCAUGACGCAGAAGAUGGAGGGCACCACGGCCGGAUUCAUCACCCAGCUCAUGGCGCUCACGAAACGAGAGGCCCAGAACAUCUGGCGCGACAAGCCGGGACUGAUCGCAUCCAUCGUCGUCCCUGUCAUCCUGAACUUGUUCUUCGCCUUGAUUUUCUACCAGGUCGGCGAUAUCACCCUGGACGAUUACGACCCGCGCUCGCACUUUGGAGGAAUGACGCAGGUGGCUAUCGGAGGCAUGUUUGGUGCUGCUCAGCCGCUACUCCUGAGAUUUCCACUGGACCGUGGGAUCUUCCUGCGUGAGUACGCGACGCAGACCUACGGCUCCGCUGCGUACUUCCUUUCGAGACUUGGGGCUGUUUGA